ACUAUAGUUUUUAUAAUACUCAACACAAAGGCCCAAUAAAAUUAAAACAACCAAUAAGCUUUCCGAAAGCUUUGAAAUAAUAAACAACAAGUCUCAGAUCAUCUCUCUCUCUCUUUCUCAGCCUCUCAGGUCUCGAUGACGAUCAAUUCAUCCCCCACUGCCACUGAAUCAUUUUUGUCACAGGUUUUGGUGGAAGAGAAAUCGAGUGUUAGAAUCUUGACACUCAACAGACCACAGCAGCUGAAUGCUCUGUCCUUCCAAAUGAUCUCUCGGUUGCUGCAACUGUUCCUUGAAUAUGAGGAGGACUCUAGUGUGAAACUUGUUAUCCUUAAGGGUCAGGGAAGAGCCUUUUGUGCUGGUGGUGAUGUUUCAGCUGUUGUUCGUGACAUCCAACAAGGCAAUUGGAGACUCGGUGCCAAGCUCUUCUCCGCUGAAUACAUUCUCAACUAUGUUAUGGCCACCUAUAGCAAAACUCAGGUUUCAAUUUUGAAUGGUAUUGUCAUGGGAGGCGGAGCUGGUGUCUCUGUCCAUGGUCGAUUUCGUAUUGCAACUGAGAACACGCUUUUUGCCAUGCCCGAGACAUCUCUGGGCCUCUUUCCCGAUGUAGGCGCCUCCUACUUCUUGUCUAGGCUCCCUGGAUUUUUUGGAGAGUAUCUUGGCCUCACAGGAGCUAGGUUGGAUGGCGCUGAGAUGCUGGCUUGUGGUCUUGCAACUCAUUAUGUGCCUUCAACCAGGUUGACUGCAUUGGAAGCAGAUCUUUGCAGAUUUGAUUCAAGUGAUCCGACCUUUACCUCAACAAUUCUCGAUGCAUACUCUCAGAACCCGCACCUGAAACAGCAGAGUGCUUACCACAGGCUAGAUGUUAUCGAUACGUGCUUCUCGGAGAGAACAGUGGAAGAAAUUAUAGCUGCACUUGAGAGAGAGGCCACUGAUGAUUGGAUCUCAGCCACCAUUCGAGCAUUGAAAAAGGCUUCACCAGCAAGCCUUAAAAUCUCUCUUAGAUCGAUAAGAGAAGGACGAUUGCAGGGGGUGGGGCAGUGCCUUUGCCGUGAGUAUAGAAUGGUGUGUCAUGUGAUGAAGGGAGAAAUAAGCCAAGAUUUUGUGGAGGGGUGCAGAGCCAUAUUGAUAGACAAAGAUAAGAACCCAAAGUGGAAGCCAUGGCGACUGGAGGAGAUGAAGGAUAGCAUGAUAGAGCAAUACUUCAAGAGAGUGGAGGAAGAGGAAGACCUAAAGCUUCCACCAAGGAAAAACUUGCCUGCUUCAGCAAUGGCAAAGCUGUGAAGUGGAGAAGGUGAUGGAGCACUAUGGCUAAGUUGUGAAAAGGGAAAAUAAAUGUAAGAACAAGGAUGCUUGUGUUAAAUUGGCCUUGCAUACUUACAUGUGCAUCUAAAUAAUAAUCCAAAAGAGUCGAAAGAAAAUAAAUGAUUAUUGUAAUGAGGAUGACACUAAAGCAGAGAGAUGAUUUUGUAAAUGGUGUUGGAGGCACAACCAUGAGACCAAUGGACGUGGAGCACGUCUCUUA